UACACAAUAUCAACUAAUAUGGAACAGAAAGAAAAUAUUGAUAUAAAAAUAGCAAAAUUUUUCUUCAGUGCAAAUGUAUCAUUUAAAACUUCUGAAAAUCAAGAAUUUAUAGACAUGAUCAGUUCAUUCAUCCAGGAUACAAACCACCUAACCGUAAAAUGCUAGGAGGAGAGCUCUUAGAAAAAGUUUAUGAAGAAGUAAACAAAAAAGUGAUGGAUCAACUUACCCAAGAAGAGAAAACAAUAACAAUUAUGCAAGACGGGUGGAGUAGUGUUACUUAUGAUCCCAUUAUUGCUCACAGUGCAUAUGACGGACUUAAUUCUAAAAUUUUAUCCAUUACUGAUUGUGCAUCAAAUAAAAAAACAGCCAAGUAUUGUACCGAACUCUUUUGUAAUGUCAUUAAAGAUCUUAAAGAAACAUACAAUAAAGAAGUAUUUGCUGUGGUAACAGAUAAUGAAAAUAAGAUGAAAAAAAUGAGGGAUUCAAUCAAAGAAACGUAUCCAAAUCUUUUAACAUAUGGGUGUUCUGCACAUUAUUUAAACCUUUUAGAAAAAGAAGUAACACACCCAGAUGUCAUCAAACAUGUGGUUGAAGUGCAGAAAUAUUUUCGUAAUACACAUCAACCGCAUGGAUGGUUGCGUGAGAAAGGAGGGCAUAUGCCUCAGUUACCAAACGAUACUCGAUGAAACUCCCAAAUUGACUGUAUAGAAACAUACAUAAAAAACUACCAAAUUUAUGUAGAAAUAGUAGAUAAUCAUGAUAUACCUAUCAAAAUCAGAAAAAUUAUUGAAAAUCGAGCAAUAUUUAGAGAAGCUAACAGUCUUCAAACCCAACUCAAAAUAUUUGGUGUUGUUUUAGAUCAAAUGCAAAGUGACAGCUGUCACCUAUCCGAAUGUGUUGAGUUGUGGCUCUCACUUUUGAAUAACCCUGAACUAAGUCAUUACCACACAGCUAUCAAAAAGAGAUGUAAUGAUGCUAUGACACCUAUCCAUUAUCUUGCGACCAAUCCUCGCUUUUUGGGUAAAAAUAAGUUUUGCUUAAAAAAAAAAUUGUUUUGAAAAAUUUCUGAAUUUUUUUUUUAUAGGCAAAAACCUGCCGAUUGAAAAUGAAGAUGAGGCUGAAGAAUGGCUUUACAAUCAUUAUCCUGAUUUUGUAC